CCGAGCGGACACAGUCGCCAUUCAUUUAAAUCACGUUUAUAUUACAAUACGCAGUCACAUAAACGUAAGUAAAAUAACUUGUGCUUGAAGACGACGACCAGAGACGUAGUUUAUUUAUUGAGGUUGCAUUUCCUACAAUAUGGCGGCUCCCGUUGCUGCGCUCUCCUCUUCAAACUGACCAGUGUUUUGGAGACUAUGUUACUCACAGCUCGCCGCCUGUCCAGAGUGCUGCAGCUCACCCUGGCGGUCAUCAAACCCGAUGCUGUAGCUCAUCCUGUAAUGUUGGAGGCUCUUCACCAGAGAAUCCUGGAAAACAAUUUUGUGAUUGUUAAAUGCAAAGAUCUUGUGUGGAGGAGACAGGACUCUGAGAGGUUUUACGCUGAACAUUCAGGGCGAUUCUUCUACCAAAGACUUGUUGAAUUCAUGUCUAGUGGUCCGAUGCGAGCUUACGUUUUAGCCAGAGAGGACGGCAUACGUCACUGGAGAGAACUGAUGGGACCGACCAAAGUGUUCAGAGCCAGAUUCACCUCGCCCGCUACAAUCAGGGCUCAGUUUGGACUCACAGACACACGCAACACAACCCACGGCUCAGAUUCUGUUGAAUCGGCACAAAGAGAAAUCCGUUUCUUCUUCCCGGACUUCAGUGUGGAGGAGUGGAUGGAGGAGGAAGAGCCGUCGUUUAGAUCAGGACAAAUACAUUAUGACCAUCAAAAACAGAUUCAUACACUUUCAACGCAAAGCUGACCCCAGAACUGCUGUUAAGGUGUCUGAUCCCCAAAGGACCACUUGAAAAACUCUGCAAUUGUUAGUUGAUCGCUCAUACAAAAAACGCAAGCUGCCAGAGAGGAUGCCAUCAUUUUAAAUAAUACAUAGAUAUGUGUAUUGUUCGAUUAUCCCACAAAAGUGCAUGUUAUUUAUUUGUAAUCGCAGUUCCUCAAAGUGCCAAUUUGUUCAUCCCAUGUUUUUGUCAUUAAACACGAUUUUUCCUUGAACA